AUGUCCGCCUCGUUAUUCAUCUUGACCGGCCCUGGGAGAUGUUGGAAUUCAUCCAAGGACAGGGAAGGGCUGGUAGAGACGGCUUACCUGCUAAAUGCUAUGCCCUUGUUCCUCCCACGGCAUAGCCGUCCACUGCGCCACCCCCGGACCACAAAGGCAAGAUCUGCAAUGUAUGAGCACCUUUACUUGUACGGUCUGAAACGGUGCUUGCGAUAUGGGAUUACUUUACAUAACGACGGUAUUGGAAUCAGCUGCCGCGCCCUGAGUUCCAACCAGCUUUGCUGCGUGUGUGCCUGCGAUCCUAACCACAAUCCCACGGACAUACGAAUCGCCCCUGCGCCUAGGCUUAAAUCUGGAUUCAGCAAACCCUCUCUCCCUCCCUGUAUUGCUCCAAUCCCCGCAGCCUCAUACAGAUUCGCACCGGCAGAAAAUAUAGGAUUUGUCGAAGCCAUGAAGCGCUCCAAUAACCUCAGAUCAGAACGAGAGCAGGCGGUGACAGACCGCGUUCAUAGCAUCCGUGGGGCUCUGGAAUUUCUAAAGCACACUUGCAGUUUCUGUAAAGUCUGGGGAGGUCAAAUAGAGGCGGACCAUGCGCUUAGCCAGUGCCUGCGCCUUUCGUCUCAGCCCGCUUUAUCCUGGGGCCAGUACAUAGACUGGCGGCGGGAGCUGGUUUACAGCACGAACCAUAAGAAGAUAUGCUAUGCUUGUCACGUCCCGCAGAUCAACGAUGAUCUACACCGGCAGUUCACCAAAGCAGGAAAAGAACUCACGUGCGAGUUUGCCGAUAUCGUGGCCCCCGCAGCAUUGGGAAUUUUCCUCCACCACCCCACGCAGCAAGAAGCGGCGGUGCAUUUCAACCAGACGUCGAUGUGGUCCAGUCUAGCCAAAUUUACGAACUGGCUGAUAGCUGAACCGCAGCCGGGAUCUUACAGUAAUCUUUUCGAUCUCUUUUUGUGGUUCGUAAGCACUAGGGGAGCACAGACGCAGUAG